AUGGCCGAAGAUUUGUUUGACGGUGCCAUUGGCAUUGAUCUCGGUACCACCUACUCUUGUGUUGGUGUCUGGCAAAACGACCGUGUCGAAAUCAUCGCCAAUGACCAGGGUAACCGAACGACACCUUCUUACGUCGCCUUCUCUGCUGAGGAGCGUCUCAUUGGUGAUGCUGCCAAAAAUCAGGCCGCCAUGAACCCCCGCAACACCGUCUUCGACGCUAAGCGCCUGAUUGGUCGCCGAUUCGACGAUCCUGAUGUCAAGAAGGAUAUGUCGCACUGGCCUUUUGAGGUCGUCGAAAAGGAGGGCUCCCCCCUCAUCAAGGUUAACUACCUCAAUGAGGACAAGACCUUCAGCCCUCAAGAAAUUUCCUCCAUGGUCCUCAUGAAAAUGAAGGAAAUUUCAGAGGCCAAGCUCGGAAAGACCGUCAAGAAGGCCGUCGUCACUGUCCCUGCCUACUUCAACGAUUCCCAGCGUCUCGCAACCAAGGACGCUGGUGCCAUCGCUGGUCUCGAUGUUCUCCGUAUCAUUAAUGAGCCCACCGCUGCAGCCAUUGCCUACGGUCUUGACCGUCAAUCCAAGACCGAGAAGAACGUUCUCAUCUUCGAUCUUGGAGGAGGAACUUUCGAUGUCUCUCUCUUGAACAUCAGCGGCGGUAUCUUUGCUGUCAAGGCCACCGCUGGAGACACCCAUUUGGGUGGUGAGGAUUUUGACAACACACUCUUGGAGCACUUCAAGAAUGAGUUCAAGAGGAAGACCAAGCUCGACAUCACUGAGGAUGCUCGUGCUCUUCGUCGUCUCCGCAGUGCUUGCGAGCGUGCCAAGAGGACCUUGUCCAGCGUCACUCAGACUACUAUCGAAGUUGACUCUCUCUUCCAGGGCGAGGACUUCUCCGCCAACAUCACUCGUGCCCGCUUUGAGGAAAUCAACGCUGCCAUGUUCAAGUCCACUCUCGACCCCGUCGAGAAGGUUUUGAAGGAUGCUAAGAUGCCUCGCGAGAAGGUCGAUGACAUCGUUCUCGUUGGUGGAUCCACCCGUAUCCCCAAAAUUCAAGCCCUUGUGUCCGAGUACUUCGGUGGACGACAACUGAACAAGUCCAUCAACCCCGAUGAGGCUGUUGCCUAUGGUGCCGCUGUCCAGGCCGCUGUCCUCACUGGCCAGACCUCCGAUCAGACCAAGGAUCUUGUCCUCCUCGACGUUGCUCCUCUCUCCCUCGGUGUUGCCAUGCAAGGUGACGUCUUCGGUGUUGUUGUUCCCCGCAACACCCCCAUUCCCACCAACAAGUCCCGUACCUUCACCACCGUCGAGGACAACCAGACUACUGUCACUUUCCCUGUUUAUGAGGGCGAGCGCACACAGUGCCGCGACAACCGUCUCCUUGGAGAGUUCGAGCUCACUGGUAUUCCUCCCAUGCCCCGUGGCCAAGCCGAGCUCGUCACCACCUUCGAGGUUGACGCCAAUGGUCUCCUUAAAGUCUCUGCUAUGGACCGUGCUUCCGGCCGCAAGGCCUCCAUCAGCAUCACCAACUCCGUUGGUCGUCUCUCCAAUGCUGAGAUUGACCAGAUGAUCAAGGAUGCUGAACAAUUCAAAGCUGCUGACAAGGAGUUCUCUGCUCGUCACGAAGCCAAGUCUGACCUUGAGGCCUACGUCCACCAGGUCGAGAGCACCAUCACUUCUCCUGAAAUUGGCAUGAAGCUCAAGCGUGGAGCUAAGGCCCAGGUCGAGGCCGAGCUUGCCCGCGCUCUCGAGAAGCUCGAGAUUGAGGAUUCGACUGCUGACGAACUGAGAAAAGCUCAGCUCGGCAUCAAGCGUGCUCUCCAAAAAGCUACGGCUGGUAUCCGGUAA